AUUGAGUUUGCACUUUGUUACCCAAGACAAUGCCUUUUGCCGAGACUCGAAUCGAGAAGCCUGGUACGUCAACUUUGGCCUGGUGAAGGAAUCAAUCAACAAUAUGUGGAGCUGGCCUCACUUGAGUUGAACUCUCUCCAAAAACUGUAUUUGCAUGAGAUAGAGGAAGUGAAUAGGUGGUGGACAGGUUGGGGACUAGAUAAGUAUGAGUUCGCCCGGCAGCCGAUUGUAAAGUCUCACUUCCCGAUUGUCACUUGCUUCUUUGAACCUAAAUUCUCAGAUUCUCGAGUAGACCUCACCAAGUGUGGAUGCCUGGUUAGUUUACAGGAUGAUUUCUUCGACAAUCCCACAACAGAACUCAAGGAUCUCGAAAAAUACUAUGAAGCAGUUAAGAGAUGGGAUGUAUCACUUGUGGAAGGCCUUCCUCAUCAUAUGGCACUCACAUUUAGGUGCCUCCACACCACUGUGAACGACAUGUUCAUAGAAGUGAUAAGGUCAGUCCUGAAGGAGGCUGAAUGGAAGCAUUCACGAUAUAUACCAACCUUUGAUGAAUAUAUCAAAGUGGGUGUCAACACAGUUUGUGCAGCAGCAUGCACUAUGAGUUCCACAUUCCUGUUGGGGGAGCAGGUAUCAGAAGAAGAUCUCAAAAGGAUUGGCCCCGGCUCUCGACUGCUACAUUUAGUAAGCAUCAUUGCAAGGCUUUCGAAUGACAUUGUCACAUUCGAAAGAGAAUUAGGAGAAGGGCAGAUGGCAUCAGGUGUCGGAUGCUACAUGAAGGAGCAUCCUGGUUGUAGCAAAGAACAGGCCAUAGUGCACUUGAGACACCUGAUCGCCUCAAGCAAUCGUGAGCUUGAGUGGGAGCUAUUCAAGUGUCGGGGCAUUGUGCCGGAUUUAUGUAGCCAGGGAGUAGUCGAUUUUGCAAGGCAAAUGAGUCUUCUUUACAAGAGAGCAGAUGGUUAUGCUAAUGGCUUAGACAUGGACUUUGAGUGGUUGAUAAAAGAUUUUUACCAUAACCUUCUUCCUUGA